GUCUCCCCGGUAGGAUUUGCUGCCGCUCGGGAAGGGCGGCGGCAGUCCCAUUACUCAACCCUCGGCGCGCUGGCCCUCCCAGUCCCCUCCCCUCGCCGGGUAAACACCAGCGCGUGACUCGACAGACUUGAAAACAGCUUCGCCUGCUCAGAGAAGUUGCUUCUUCCCCUUCUCUUUCCGUAAACUUCUUCCAGCCUCCACCAUUCGGAGCUCCUUCCUCCUCCGUCUCCACGUGCGAGAUUGGGGGCGGGGAGUGCGGCGCGGUCCCCUAGGAGCUCCCUGUUUCUCCGAGGAGGGCCCCCGGGGACCAGCUCUGUGACUGAUCUGUGAGCCCUGGGGUUCGAGACCCGCUACUGCCCCGCAGCUGGGGUCGGAGGCUGGGCCGAGCCGGCGGCAGGAAGUGCCGCGCGCUGACUCGCCCGGCACGCCCCCGCGGCGUGUGAACGCGGGGCAGACGCUGCCGGGCAGAGCACGCGCCUCGCAGCCGCAGCCGGGUCUCCUCUCUACUCCGCGAGAGCCGUGUCUGACGGCGCGAUGGACCUGGCCGGGCUUCUACUGGAUGAAGAAGGCACGUUCUCCCUCGCCGGCUUCCAGGACUUCUCGUUCCUCCCAGGACACCAGAAGUUGAGCGCCCGGAUCCGAAGGAGACUCUACUAUGGCUGGGACUGGGAAACCGACUGUAGCCUGGAGGAGCUCUCUAGCCCUGUGGCAGACAUUGCUGUGGAACUGCUCCAGAAGGCAGCCCCCAGCCCUAUUCGCCGACUCCAGAAGAAAUACGUAGCUCAUGUGUCCCGGGAGGCGUGCAUCUCCCCGUGUGCCAUGAUGCUGGCUCUGGUGUAUAUUGAGCGGCUCCGGCACCGCAACCCGGACUACCUGCAGCAUGUGUCAUCCUCCGACUUGUUCCUGAUCUCCAUGAUGGUGGCCAGUAAAUACCUCUAUGACGAAGGGGAGGAGGAAGAGGUCUUCAACGACGAGUGGGGAGCCGCUGGGGGUGUGGCCGUGCCCACUCUCAAUGCCCUGGAGAGGGGCUUUCUGAGCGCCAUGGAUUGGCGUCUCUACACUGACCCUCGGGAGAUCUUUGAGGUGCUGAGCUGGCUGGAGAGCUGUGUGGCCACGCAGCAGGGCCGGCGGCGGGGCUGGUAUACCUACACGGACCUGUGUGUGCUGCUGGAGCAGCCGGCCUGGCAGCUGGCCCUGGGCUCCCUCUGCCAGCGGCUGGCAAAGUUGUCGUGCCUGUUAGCCAUGGCAUACGUGAGCAGUGUGGCCCUGGCUGUGGCAUCGGUGGCUGUGAUACACCAGUCCUUGGGGCUGUCCUGCAGCACCCCACCAGGGCCUCCCGACCUCAGACUGGCCUCCACGUGCCCCUUGGAGCCCAGCCUUCGUUCCUCCGUGCCACAGUGCCUGCCAUCUGCUAAUGUCUCCAGCUGCCCCGAAGGAGACCUGGGGCUGCGUUUGCUUUGGGGCAGUCUUCUGGCAUCACUGACUCCCCCACCGUUGCCUCCCCCAGAUCCACCUGCCCCUCCCACUCUUCUCCCAAACUGCCCCCUUUGCCAGAAGCUCCAGAGAGAUUCCCCAACCUGCCGUGCCUGCCAGCACCCUAACCAUACCGGCCCCGUGGGGCCUCUUGGCCCCCAAUACCACGCUCACGGCCUGGCCCCACCCUGGCCCUGGAGCCUGGUGCCCCCUCCGCUCUCUCAGCCCCAGCAGUGCUCCCUUUUCAGCGUCAUGGAGCUGGCCCGCCUCAAGUCUUUCAUUUUCCCAGGUUAGGGGGGCUCUGAGGAAUGCAUUCAGAGGAUUUGGGAGUCCCUGAGAACCUGGGGGAGCACAGCUUGAUUUAAGUCCUCUCUACUUCUGGGUCCUUGGCUGGCCCUUGUCAUUCCUGGGUGGGAGCUUGAGGGGCUAUGGGGCAGAGGACUGGAGAUCAGUCACUCCCCUGGACCUCAGUGGCUGGUGCUGUGAUAGUGCCUGGGAAGUGUCAGCUCGGUGACCAGAGGCAUGUCACAGAGGGAUAGAGAAGAAGCCCUGUCCCUUUGCUUCUCCCAGGCUCUUCUAGACUUUCGCUUUUGAGUUCCCUAGGAUGGAAGGGUAAAGUGGGAGGAGGAGGAUGUGGGGCCAGGAACAAGCUGUGACGUGGGCCUGUGUGAUUCCCCCAAGGCAGGAGAGCCAGGGACCGACAGGGCCACAGCAGGAGCCACUUGGGAAGGCUAGCAAGGCGGGACACCCCCUCCACGCUCAUCCCGUGGGUAGUCUGUGGUGCCUGCAGCUGGAACCUUCAACCUUGACCUCUGAAUUCCGACCCUCCCUUAGUGGCCUUCUCUUGGGCUGCCCUCUUCUGGUUCCUCUCCCGGGUGUUCUCUCCACAGGCCUCUCUGGCCGCUGCUUUGUAUCUGGGUUUUUCACGCUUUUGUAGAAAUGAAGUUUCAAUAAACAGUUUCAGUUGCA